GGCGGGGACAUGUCGGGCCCGUCACCUGUGCAGAUCCGGGAGGCGAACGCUCACCUGGCGGCCGUACACCGGCGGGCGGCGGAGCUGGAGGCGCGGCUCGGGGCCGCGGAGCGCACGGUGCGGGAGCAGGCGGAAAGUCUCAUCCGCAAGGACGAGCAGCUGCGCGGAGCGCUCCGGGAGCUGGGCCGGGCCAAGGACCGAGAGAUCGCAGAUCUUCAGGAAAAGCUCUUUUCUUCGGAGGGGACUGUCCAGAAGCUCCUGACUGUGAUUCAGGAGAAAGACGCCCUGAUCGUGCAGCUGAAGCAUCGCAGUGAGCUGUUGCACAAAAUCUGCCAGCGGCGGCCCCUGCUGGAUGGCCUGUUGGCCUACAUGGCUGAAGGGGAGCAGCUGGGCCCUCUGGCCAGGUCGGGGCCACCAAGUGUCAGCAGUUCCCCGCUCCCUGAUGGUGCACCCGAGACUGAUGGGCCUACCUGCCCACUCUCCAACAGCCAGGCCUUCUCUCUGAGUGAAGAUGACCUGGAUGACAAGGAUUUGGACCAGACUAUGUUUGGAACCACAGUGUGAGCUGCCCUGCCUGUCAGCCUCUCCCUUCCUCCAGAGGCUUCUGUCCAGUCCUUCUUCCUGUGGUGGUAGCCAUUAAAACCUGGGGGAUGGGGUCGUCCCUCAGAGAAGCCAUUCUGGGUCUGUUCCUGGCCCCGCCUCACUGAGACAUGGGCCACCUGCCUUUCAGGAGAGGAGCAGGAGCCAUGGUCUGUGAGGGAUGUAGUUUCCCCCUUCACCCUCAAUCUCUCCUCCCCUUAAAAAGAUUUCUCUCUGCAGGACCUUCAAACUCAGGGUGAACAUCGACUAGCAUCUCAAUGAGGGGAGCAAUGUCUUAGUAAGAGAGAAGUUUAAAGGAAAAAUAGAGCUUGACCAUAGGGGGCAGUUUGUCUAAAUUCCCAAUCGGGCUUGGAAGCCAGGUCCUGUUUGGAGAAGGGUUUCUGGGUACAACAGUGCAGUGAGGUUAUUGAUGGCGGACUUGACUUCUUGGGGGAACUGAGUCUCCAGUCAGAGUUAACACCGUCCUGGAGAAACUCCAGACUUGGAAAAGGCAAAAUCAACGUGUAGUUGGGAAGGGCAGGUAGAUUGGCGUUUCUGAAGAUCACAUUAUUCCAGAUUAUUGGGGCUUUUAAAAAAAAAACCUGUGGUUCUUCUCCUACCCCAUUCCCUCUGCUGGUUUCCUGUUCCUGUUAGCAGCUUUGACAGUGAUCCAUAUUUUGAAAACAGUGCCAUCCCUAGAGGGAGCAGAGAAAUUCCUUGAGGAAUUAGAAGGAGUUUCUUAUUUUGAAUAAUGUAAUAGUGAUCUGGGACCCAAAGGUUUGUUCAUUGACUAUGGAGCCUGUGUUCUAAGCCACUCACACUUUUCUAUCAGCUUUACUAGGCAGUUUAAGUGUAUUUUAAAAUACUCUUUUUUCAAAUACAUUUGUUCUUGGUUUUUUAAAAAUUCAAGUGGGAGUUGUUUUCUCAAGUAGCCCAACUAACCUCCAUUCAUAUCAGAUGGUUGGAAGGUUUGGCCAGGGCUUAUACUUCUCUACCCUUUCAUGUUGAGCCAGCUGGUUUCCUCAAAGCCUGUUAUAGGGAAAACUUCUGGAUAAGAAAACUGUGGUUUCCAUGCUCUGGUGAAUGACUCUGAUGUCAGGUGAUACUCAGUGGAACAGAAUUCCAGCCUAAAAGAAGAAUUCGAAUCUUCAUUUGGAGUUGAUGGUACCAGAAUUUGACCUGGACACCUCUUUGGAAGAGCACAGACCAUGGGAAUACCGACUGGGCGGCAGCUCUAUAUGCAGCUCUAUGUAGCCAACUAGAAAUCCUUUUUUAUAUCAAAUAGAUGUCUAUAUUUUACA